CGGCCCUUUUAAUUCCCCUCCCACACGCGCCCGGAGCCGCGAGGGCGGCGCGCGGCGGCGAUUGGCGCGAAGCGGGAGCGGGAAGGGGCUCGGUGUCGCCAUGUGCUCCCUGGGGCUGUUCCCGCCGCCGCCUCCCCCUGGGGAUGUCACCCUGUACGAGCUCAACAACGCCCUGGUCUGCGGCCGCCUCAGCGAGCAGCUCCCGCUGGCCUUCCAGAGCCAGGUUCCCGACCUGCCCGUGCUGACCCUGCCCAAGGAGCCCCUCAAGGCCCACGGCCGCCUGGAGCCCAGCGCCCGCCCGCCCUUCAUCCACCACCGCGAGUCCCUCUGGAAGCGCUGCCUCAGCGCCUGGCGCGACGCCGGGCUCUGCGGGCUGCUGCGGGAGCUGGCCAGCGCCGAGGAGGAGGGGCUGCGGUGGCUGCGCACGGGCUCGAGCCACGCGCUGGCCGUGUGCCGCUGGCUGUCCUCGCUGCACGGGUCCCUGUUCCCGCACCUGUCCCUCACCAGUGAGGACAUGAUUGCAGCCUUCUCCCAGGCCGUGGACUGGGCUGGCUGCACCAUCCGGGCCUUUGCCUGGCACCCCCACACCAACAAAUUCGCUGUGGCUCUUCUGGACGAUUCCAUCCGCGUCUACAACUCCAGCAGUGCCACCGUGCCCUCGCUGAAGCACCGCCUGCAGAGGAACGUGGCCGCCAUGGCCUGGAAGCCUCUCUGUGCCUCCAUCCUGGCCGUGGCCUGCCAGAGCUGCGUCCUCGUGUGGCACCUGGACCCCACCUCCCUCUCCACCAGGCCCUCGUCGGGCUGUGCCCAGGUGCUGUCUUGCCCCGGGCACAGCCCUGUCACCAGCCUGGCCUGGGCGCCCAGCGGCGAGCGGCUGCUCUCGGCGUCACCCGUGGACACGGCCAUGCUGGUGUGGGACGUGUCCACCGAGACCUGUGUCCAGCUGCAGUGGUUUGGGGGUGGCGGUGUCACCUACUUGGCCUGGUCCCCUGAUGGCAGCAAGGUGCUGGCAGCCACCCCCUCGGCCGUGUUCCGGGUGUGGGAGGCCCAGAUGUGGACCUGUGAGCGCUGGCCCACCAUCAGGGGACGCUGCCAGACAGGCUGCUGGAGCCCCGAUGGCAGCCGGCUGCUCUUCACUGUGCUGGGCGAGUCCGUCAUCUACUCCUUGUCCUUCUCCGAGUACCGGGGAGAGAUGCAGGGGACAGUGGGGGGCUCCAAGACGGCCUCCAUCGUGGCAGACCUGUCCGAGACCACCUUCGAGACCCUCUACGGGGAGGAGAGGAUCGGAGGAGAGGUUCAUUCCAUGGUGUGGGACCCCACCGGGGAGAGGCUGGCGGUGAUCCUCAGAGGACCCCCCGAGUGCGCGGGCAGCCCGCCGGCCGUGGCCGUGUUCCGCACCCGCAACAGCCCCGUCUUCGAGCUGCUGCCCUGCGGCUUCGUGCGGGGCGAGCGCGGUGCCCGGCCCCAGCUCAUCUCCUUCCACCCCUGCUUCCCUCAGGGCGCCCUCCUGACCGUGUGCUGGUCCUCGGGGAGGAUCUCCCACAUCCCCUUCUUCUUCGUCAGCGCCCUGGAGCCCCGCGGCAGCCCCCGCCGCAGCCCCGCGCCCGUGCUGGGCAGUGUCCGGGAGCAGCCGCUCUUCUCCGAGCUCUGAGAGGCCCCCGGGGCUUCCUCGGGCACCCCAGGGCCUCCCUGGGCACCCCAGAGCCUCCCUGGGCACCCCAGGGCCUCCUCGGGCACCCCAGGGCCUCCUUGGGCACCCCAGAGCCUCCUCAGGCACCCCGGAGCCUCCUCAGGCACCCCAGGGCUUCCUCGGGCACCCCAGAGCCUCCCUGGGCACCCCAGAGCCUCCUCAGGCACCCCAGAGCCUCCCUGGGCACCCCGGGGCUUCCUCGGGCACCCCAGAGCCUCCCUGGGCACCCCAGGGCCUCCUCAGGCACCCCAGAGCCUCCCUGGGCACCCCAGAGCCUCCUCGGGCACCCCAGGGCUUCCCUGGGCACCCCAGAGCCUCCCUGGGCACCCCAGGGCCUCCUCGGGCACCCCAGGGCCUCCCUGGGCACCCCAGGACUUCCUUGGGCACCCCAGGGCCUCCUUGGGCAUCCCAGAGCCUCCCUGGGCACCCCAGAGCCUCCUCGGGCACCCCAGAGCCUCCUCGGGCACCCCAGAGCCUCCCUGGGCACCCCAGGGCUUCCUCGGACACCCCAGAGCCUCCCUGGGCACCCGAGAGCCUCCUCAGGCACCCUGGGGCUUCCUCGGGCACCCCAGAGCCUCCUCGGGCACCCCAGGGCUUCCUUGGACACCCCAGGGCCUCCUCGGGCACCCCAGGGCCUCCUCGGGCACCCCAGGGCCUCCUCAGACACCACAGAGCCUCCUCGGGCACCCCAGGGCCUCCCUGGGCACCCCAGGGCCUCCUCAGGCACCCCAGAGCCUCCCUGGGCACCCCAGGGCCUCCCUGGGCACCCCAGAGCCUCCUUAGGCAUCCCAGGGCCUCCUCAGGCACCCCAGAGCCUCCUCAGGCACCCCGGGGCUUCCUCAGACACCCCAGAGCCUCCCUGGGCACCCCAGGGCCUCCUUGGGCACCCCAGAGCCUCCUCGGGCACCCCAUGUCCUCCUCAGACACCCCAGGGCCUCCCUGGGCACCCCAGGGCCUCCCUGGGCACCCCAGAGCCUCCUCGGGCACCCCAGGGCCUCCUUGGGCACCCCAGAGCCUCCUCAGACACCCCAGAGCCUCCUCAGGCACCCCAGGGCCUCCUUGGGCACCCCAGAGCCUCCCUGGGCACCCCAGAGCCUCCUCAGACACCCCAGGGCCUCCCUGGGCACCCCAGGGCCUCCUUGGGCACCCCAGAGCCUCCUCGGGCACCCCAUGUCCUCCUCAGACACCCCAGGGCUUCCCUGGGCACCCCAGGGCCUCCCUGGGCACCCCAGAGCCUCCUCAGGCACCCCAGAGCCUCCCUGGGCACCCCAGGGUCUCCUCGGGCACCCCAGGGCCUCCCUGGGCACCCCAGAGCCUCCCUGGGCACCCCAGGGUCUCCUCGGGCACCCCAGGGCCUCCCUGGGCACCCCAGAGCCUCCUCGGGCACCCCAGAGCCUCCUUGGGCACCCCAGAGCCUCCCUGGGCACCCCAGGGUCUCCUCGGGCACCCCAGGGCCUCCCUGGGCACCCCAGGGUCUCCUCGGGCACCCCAGGGCCUCCCUGGGCACCCCAGAGCCUCCCUGGGCACCCCAGAGCCUCCUCGGGCACCCCAGAGCCUCCCUGGGCACCCCAGGGUCUCCUCAGGCACCCCAGAGCCUCCUUAGGCACCCCAGAGCCUCCUCGGGCACCCCAGAGCCUCCCUGGGCACCCCAGAGCCUCCUUAGGCACCCCAGAGCCUCCUCGGGCACCCCAGAGCCUCCCUGGGCACCCCGGGGCUUCCUUGGGCACCCUGGGGCUUCCUUGGGCACCCCAGGGCCUCCUCGGACACCCCAGGGCCUCCUCAGACACCCCAGGGCCUCCUCAGACACCCCAGGGUCUCCUCGGGCACCCCAGGGCUUCCUUGGGCACCCCAUGUCCUCCUCAGACACCCCAGAACCUCCCUGGGCACCCCGGGGCUUCCUCAGACACCCCAGGGUCUCCUCGGGCACCCAAUGUCCUCCUCAGACACCCCAUGUCCUCCUUGGGCACCCCAGGGUCUCCUCGGGCACCCCAGGGCCUCCUCUCCCUCCAGGUGCCCCCCAUGCCUGCUCAGGGCCUGGCAGUGCUGGUCCUGCCCCAAUUAAAGGUGGAUUUUCCCUCC